AAAUGUCAAAUGCUAAAAAAUAAUACCUACAGUCCAUUCCUGAAAUGAAAAAUUAAAUAUUUAUUUACUAAAUACGUUGACUAAGAUGCACUUAUUUAAAAAUUUCCAUAUCCUAAUAUUGGUGCUCGCUUGUGGCAUAUCAUUAAGUAUACAAUAUGAUAUGGACGAAGAAGUGGCUAUCGAUGUGCCAAGAGACGAAGACAUGGAAAUGGAGACGGUAGACGACUCAGAAUCACUACUUUCCAAUGUGGUAUCUGACAUGAACCGUACCUUAUCAAAUCUAUACUUCCAUGUCACAUCUUCAAAUGUUACUGCCGAAAAUAAAACACAGACAUCGAAUGAAACCAAAAAACUUGUUAAAUGUAAAGAUAUCGUCUAUGAACCUGCGGAUUUAGAGCCAUCAGUAGAAAUAAUCAAUGGAAGUGCUUUAGGGAAGUUGCUGCAAUCAAAACCUGAUGUUUCCGGCAGAGAUGUGGAAGCUGACUGUGUUUUAGUACUAUUUUAUGCAAAGGCUUGCCCUUUUAGUGCACAUGCUGCCCCACAUUUCAAUGCAUUAUCAAGAUCAUAUCCAAAUAUCAAAAUGGUGGCUUUGGACGCUUUAAAACAUUCCGGAAUUAAUGCUCAAUAUGGUAUUGUAGGUGUGCCUACUUUAAAGAUGUUCCACAAUGGCCGACCAGUGGGCAAAUUUAAUGGAACUGAAUAUAAUAUUCACUUGUUCAGUAAAUUUGUUAAUGCUAUAACUGGACAGAAUCCACAGGGACUGUUGGUAAUGUCUAAGGACUUUCAAGGUCCAGUGUCAAGUGUUGUGGAAAAGGAAACUGACUACUUUCUAAUAUUGUCAUGGUUGUUUAUUGUUGUGUGUUCUAUUUAUUACUUCAUGGAAUCGAAAUGGUGGACAAUGAUUGUGGAAAUGGUGCAAAACAAUUGGAGGGAAUCUGUCGCUCAACAUGAGCAUAAUGAUUAAGACUAUUUAUUUUUAAGUGUUUAUUAAAUGGUGUUUGUUUAUUAA